AUGUUCUUGAUACUUUCAUUGUGCAGCUGUGCAUGUUGGAAUGGCAGCUCAAACCAGGACCAAAACAAGGGAACGAACGAGGCGUACAUUGCACAACAUAAUCUGUACGAUAACAGUAGUAUAGAAGAGUUGUGUAACAGCUACCUUGGAGAAGCGGAUGUGGAUAAGCAAGAACGAAAUUCUGUGACUAAGCAACGUGAUUUAACUGGACACACUUCCACAGAAAGUAUACUCACUUCGAUUGUUAAUGAUAUCCUAGAUAUGAUGCAAAUGUCUGAGUCAUACGUUAAAAGUUACAUUCCACUUCUUUCUAGUGAUGCCGAAAGUUGCACUGGAUAUUCUGAUCGUACCAGCAGCCAUAAUCUUGAAGCUACUAGGUGUUUGAAA